CCGCAAUAAUUAGUCAAUAAUUUUCGCAUAUGUGGUAAGUGUUCUCAUUGUUUUCCGCAUUGUUAUGGCGGUGGCCCGUCGUCUUUGCUUCGUCUUGCCGGUGGAUUCCGGCGAGCUACAGCCGUCGGUUGCCGUUGACCGGACCGGACAUACGGAGAAGAAGCCUCGUGUUUCUCGGGAAUGUGGACGUCAAGCACUGACCUUUAUCGGCGAUUUUUUCCGGCGAAUACAAAACUCGAAAUGGGUAAACCUGGAUUUCUGCAACAGUGACACCAAAGACUCUGUCUCACAAGAGAUCAAAUCCUUCGUCGACAUGGAAGGUGUUCAGAUUUCCGGCAAGAUCGGCUGCGAAAACCCGCGAAUCUUCGGAUACUCCGAGCUCUACAUCGGAUCGAACGGCUUCAGCGACGACCUGAUCCUCGGAAGCGGCGGAUUCGGUCGGGUAUACAAGGCGGUGUUGCCGAGCGACGGAACCACCGUGGCCGUGAAGUGCUUGGCCGACCAGAGAGGUGAGCGUUUCGAUAAGUCUUUUGCGGCGGAGCUCGUCGCUGUGGCCCAGCUCCGGCACCGGAAUCUGGUGAAACUGCGUGGGUGGUGUGUCCACGAGGACGAGUUGUUACUCGUUUACGAUUACAUGCCGAAUCGGAGUUUGGAUCGAGUACUUUUCCCGUCACCGGGGAGCAGAAACUCGGGAUUCGAACCGUUGGAUUGGAAUCGGAGGACGAGAAUCGUUCGGGGACUCGCCGCCGCGUUGUUUUACCUCCACGAGCAACUGGAGUCGCAGAUCAUUCACAGGGACGUGAAGACGAGCAACGUGAUGCUGGAUUCCGAGUUCAAUGCUCGCUUGGGCGAUUUCGGGUUGGCUCGGUGGCUCGAGCGCGAAAUCGAGUCAACCCCGAUUUACGACUCGUCUUCGUCCUUGGCAGCGUCGUUUAGGAAACAUCAGUUCCGAGUUGCCGAGUCGACUCGGAUCGGUGGGACAAUUGGGUAUUUGCCGCCGGAGAGCUUCCGGAAAAAAACGGUCGCCACCGCGAAAACCGACGUGUUUAGCUUCGGGAUCGUGGUGCUCGAAAUUAUCUCCGGCAGACGCGCCAUCGAUCUCACGUAUCCAGAUGACGAAAUCGUUCUUCUCGAUUGGGUUCGGAGAUUAUCCGAUGACCAGAAAAUUCUUGACUUCGGCGACUCUCGCUUGGCCGACGGAGCUUAUUCUCUCUCCAGCAUGGAGAGAUUGGUUCAUAUAGCUUUGCUCUGCACGUUGAAUGACCCGCAAUCGAGACCCAGCAUGAAAUGGGUCAUCGGAGCACUUUCCGGCGAAAUAUCUGGCAACUUUCCGGCGUUACCUUCCUUUGAGAAUCACCCGCUUUACCUCCCUUUAUAUUCUCUAACUUCAGCUACAACAACCACAACGACAACCACGACGAUUACAACAACCCCAACCUCCACAGCGAGCUCCAACACGUCGGCAGAGUCCACGCCGUCGACAAAUUACGCCACUAGCCUCCAAGAUUCGAUCUACCAGACGGUGGAGCAGGGGCAAAACGGGUAUUUCAGCAAUAAUAGUCGCCACGUGGGGUCGCCCAAUUGGUUCGUAGUCGACACGCCGAGGGAGAUUCCGUACAACGACAUCGUACGGGCGACGGACGAUUUCUCGGAUGCUCACCGGGUCGCUGAGGUUGACUUCGGUACCGCUUAUUACGGUUUACUUAACCGGGAUCAGCAAAUUGUGGUUAAACGUCUCGGUAUGACGAAAUGUCCGGCUUUGGUGAAUCGGUUCUCAACCGAGCUCGUAAACCUAGGCCGGUUGCGCCACCGUAACCUUGUCCAGCUCCGUGGUUGGUGCACUGAACACGGGGAAAUGCUCGUGGUUUACGAUUAUUCGGCGAACCGGUUGCUUAGUCAUCUUCUUUUUCAUAACCGAAAAUCUGGGAACCCGGUUCUGAGGUGGAGGAACCGGUAUAACGUGAUCAAAUCACUUGCUUUCGCAAUAAGGUACCUCCACGAAUAAUGGGACGAGCAAGUUGUACACCGAAACAUAACAUCUUCGACGAUCCUCCUCGAUCGAGACAUGAACCCACGGCUUUGCGGGUUCGCCCUGGCCGAGUUUCUGGCAAGAAACGCUCAAACCCAUCAGAAGAAGAAGAAAAGGUCGUCGGCGAGAGGGAUUUUCGGGUACAUGGCUCCGGAGUACAUGGAAUCAGGUGAGGCCAAGACGUCGGCCGAUGUGUACAGUUUCGGGGUGGUGAUACUCGAGAUGGUGACUGGCCGACACGCGGUGGAUCUUCGCCGGAGAAAAGAAGAUGCUCUUCUGGUUUUGAGAAUCCGGGAAUUGGUCGGAACAAUGAAGAGGCCGUUAGACGAGAUUGUGGAUAUUCAGCUAAAGGACGAUUACGACCGAGGAGAGAUGGCGAGGCUGUUAAGGUUAGGGCUGGUUUGCACGAGGACGGAUCCGAAAUUGCGGCCAAGCAUGAACCAGGUGAUGGGCAUUUUGGACGGGAACGAUAAGUUUUUCGUCGAAGAUGGGCGACGAGAAGGUAGCGUGAACCGCAAGCAGAUGUAUGGUCCGUCCAUGUCGGUGAUCCGUGGAAUGCAAGCUCUUGGGAUUCAUUGAUCAGCUUUGUAUUAAAGUUUGUUAGUGUGUACAAAAAAGAUUACGGGUAUAAAGACAUCUCUUUUUACAUAUUGAUGGUCCAAUGUGCUCCUGUCGGUGAUGAAUUUUUCGAAUUUUGGUUAAUGCUGAUCGGUUAAGGCUUUAGUGAAUUGGAUCUAUAAUAAGUUUUCGGGUCGUUGAGGCGAACCGAGGAUUUUGAUUUUG